UUCCUCAUAAAAAAAGAUGUUUGAUUGCACUUCAAUGGACUUUAUCUUCAGUAUAAAUACUCCCACUACUCGAACGACAAGAUUGCAGUUUCGCUUCUACAAAUAUGGCUGUAUCAUAUCUCCUCCUGAUUGUUCUUUCCGUUGCAUCCUCAACGCUGGCAUGCAUCCACCCCACGCAGCACUACACCACCAUGGGAUGCAUCCCCAGCAAAGUAAUCGAUGGCACGGGUUGCCCCCGGAGUUACUACUGUCCGAAUCUGAGCGAACGCGCACCGGACAAGUGCUACCUGUUUGGGCAGGUGUACGACCUUGGCCAGCAGCUACCUCCGGAUCAAACGAUUUCCAACUGUGCCACGCUGAGCUGUGAAAUUGGUUAUGACGACAAACCGUGGUUGAGUUCAAAUUACGAGAAUUGUAUCUACCCAUACGCCCCGGAUUGUGUAACGCAGUAUUCGCUGGAUCAGUGCUGUCCAGUGGGAACAGUCUGCGGGGAUGACCGGGAUAGUCUGGCCAGGUGUAACGUUUCUGGUUGGAGUUAUUACGAGGGAGAGCAGGUCUAUCUGGGAUUCGAUUCCGGAAAGUCCUGUGUGUGCUCCCGAUACUACGACGGCUACCAGGAAGGAGUGGUGAGCUGUGUCGAGCAAAAGUGCAACUUUGAGGUGUUUGAUAGCUAUCGAUUGCUCAACGGAGGGCUCCCGUGUACAGAGAAAGCUACUGUCCGUAUGAUUGGAGAUUGCCUCAUGACAAUGAUGUUAUUGUUCCGGGGCCUUAUCACGGAGAUUGCUCAUAUCCGCAGUGUGUAUACGGGAAUCUAACGUUAACCCAAGGAGACUCUUUGAUUUCGCUGAUCACGUACCAGGAAUAUACAAGUGUAGCUGUGCCAUUCCGCCAUUGGUGCAUUGCAUUCUUGAGAAAGAUACUGUUAAUA